AUGCGCACACGCAAGAGAGAGAAGAGGGAAGCAGCUGAGGCUCUACAAAACAAGGAAAACAAUCGUCUCAGUCGGAUCUUGCGAACCAGACAGAACAAGCACUCGUUGUUGAAUAACGACGACGACCACGACCAAGGCUCCAGCACCCCUGUCGCUAUCACCACAAUGUCUUCACACUCACGAAGAGCAAACGGAAUAGUGAAGAAGAUCGAAAGUCAGGACAAAUCCCUUGCUUGGAAGAGGUCGAGAGUUGAGGGAGAUGAAGGCGACAAUGCUAUCACCGCCAUCUCCGUCCAUGAUGAUGAUGAUGAUGACCUUUGGCCGGACAAGAGCAUUGGCGACACAUAUUCCAGUGAGGAUGAAUAUGCGGAUGAGACCGAAAAUCGUGGCGCCCGCUUCAACACUGUUCAUAUGCGCCAAGCCUGCAAGACUAACCAAUAUGGCGAGAUGCUGGGCAAGGCAGCCCAAUUCGGAAAACCUUAUCUUGCACAUGGAGACCAUGAGCGACAAACAGCGGGCAUAUUCAGGGAACCCACCAAAGACUCGAGAAAUAGCAGCAGCAAUGACCUGAGAUCCAGUCAUAACAGAGUCGCCUCGAGCAGCGUCUGCGGUACACCAGGUACGAGCCGUAGCCGGGCCGUCUCAGGCAAGACCAUCAGGGAUAGUGACGGUGGUAUUCCUGGCACACCCAGCGCUUCCAGCUCGAGGGGCACCACUACCACUACCAACGAUGGCCGUCAGGAAAUGAGAAAAGUCCAGAAGAGAUUUCGUGGAAGCGAUGGAUCGGGAGAAGAGGGCGGUUUCAACAGAGUGAGGAGCCUCGGCAAAACUUCGAAAAAGGGUGGCAUAAGGCAUAUGAGCGACCCUGAUGACGACGACGACUUAACCACAGACCCCAGCGACUCGGAGAAUGAUGAUGCUCCCAGCAUUGACAUGGGCUUUGGUGGCAACACACAAGUAUUCAUGGCUGAUGGCACCACCAAGCGAAUCAAGAAUAUCCAGCCAGGCGAAUAUGUCCUCGGACCCGACCGCAUACCUCGCUUAGGAGGCCUUUCAAGUCCAAAUUAUCAUAUGGUGUUUGUUACAUCUCUGCAGAUCUUGACGAUAUCCACCGCGUCCAUUAGAGGAGAGUAUGAAGACAUGAACUAG